GAAAAAGAGCGAAGCGGGAGCUUUGCCAGGAUUCGAGAACGGGCGAGACUUUGCUUCCCAUUCUAAGGGUGUUUUGUGCGCUCCAGCAAGGAUCGGCCGGACUCCUGGGUUCUACAAGGGAUCCUAGCUCUCUUAGUUAGAGCUGAUGUUGCAGCACGCGCAAGUUCUUCCGCGUCCCUUUUCCUAAAUGCAGACUUCAAUAACAGUAAUAGUUGAAACGUGCCGCCGUGAAGAGGGAGACCUUUAGAGCUCGGAUGGUCAACGACACCCACGUGAGAGGCGGCGAGUCCAGCCAGCAGAGACCGCUGGCUCAGCAGAGGAGCGAAGAGCGCAGAGAUAGGAAGCCUAUGAGAAAGAGGCAAAGAGAACUCGACUUCCGGCCCCGCUUCUCCGCAAAUCGAACCUUCUGGCGCCCGCGCGUGUCGUCGCUUCCUUCGCGGCGGAGCCGACGACAGACAGAUAUAUAAACUAGCAACGAUACCAAGGGUCCAGCUAGCAACACCAUGGCAUCUGUAGCCGACACAUCCCUGUUAUCAGCCGAGUUGCAGGAGGAGGAGAAACAGGAGGAGUUCCAACGUCUUCUACUCCAGGCAACCCAGAAAAUCGAGAGCUUCGUGCCCUCUCUGGCAGAAUCCAAGCCUAUCCGGCCACUCCCAGGAUUCUGCCUUAAAACCCGCACAAGUUCCUGUGAGAAGGUCUUCGUGAACGUCUGCCGGUCUCCCCACAUCCCCCCACCUCCUGACCUGACCAACGAAGAGCUUGCCUGCCUCUUUGAGUCGGAGAACGCCUCCGCCUUCAGGAUCCCCAUGAGCUUGGGAGAGCCCCACGUGGAAGUGGACAAGAGUGGCAAUGCUUGCACCGUCUAUGACAUCUCCAUCAGCACCACCUUUUACAACAAGAUGGAGAACGACGACUUCCUCAAAGAGUUCUUCAUCACAAUCGCCAUGGAAGGAUUGUCGGAGAAAUACAAGAUGGAUAUCAACAACCAAGAAUGGCGGAUUCUGAAGAACAGGAAGUUUAUGGGCUCCAUAGCUGAGCAGACCAUCCGCACCAAAUCCAAGCCUUUCAUCCAAGAGAUGGAUAGCAGCCAAGUCAAGGAGGAAGGCAGGAACCUUUUGCAGCCAUCUGCGUCACAGAGCUCGGCCACAGUUCCUGAAUUCACCAUAGUUGCUGAGCCAUCUAUCAGCCACCCUGACCAUCUGGUCGCGAAAAUCAGCCUCCCUAAAAUGACCUCAGUAAGCUCUCUCGAGCUGGACCUGGGAGAGGACCGCAUUGUGUUACAGGGACACCCCCAACUCUACCAUUUGGACAUCUUCCUCCCCUACAUCAUUGUUCCCGAGGAGAGUAGGGCCCAGUUCCACAGAGGAACAAAGGUCCUGACUUUACUGAUGCCCAUCCAGCGCCCCUUACUGUUGCCGUGAGCUCGGAGGAGGAAAAACCAUCCUGGAGGCGGAGGCCCUUCUUUGAGAUACCAGCCGGCGGAGGAAACAGCAGAGUGAAGAAGGGAGGUGCUGGGCGAGAGGCUGGACUUCCUGUCGAAGGAAGGGGGCUAGGUUUUGGUCAGGGGUGGCAACCUCCACAAUGCAGACUCUGCACCUAAAUACACACACACACACACAGCGGAAGAGAAAGAGAGAGCGUGUGUUGCACACGUUGGAUGGGACCCAGGACUUGCCUCCAUCUCUCCUCCCACGAUUUGUGUUCUCAAACUUCCCUUCCACCCGCAACAGCUGCUGUUCUUUUUGGCUUUUCUAUUGCCUCCUCUUUUUCAGUCUGUACAUGUGACCUGCUUGUCUCUGUUGACGCCUGCAGUCAGUUCAGCUCCUCUCUCUGUGUGUGUUUUGAAUCGGGACGGGCUCUGGGCUUCCAAACCUCCCCCCUUGACCCCGUUAGCAAAAAAUGGAGAACCUGCUCUGAGUCAAAGCAUGCUGGAGUGAGAAAGGACAAAUGAAUCCUGUGGCAGAGGGACGGGUUAUAUGUACACUUCGGGCUGCAGGUGGGGGACACUUUUUAAAGCUUUAAAAAACAAAACACAAAAAACCACCUACCACAUCAGGAAAGUGGGUAGGUCAAUAUUUUUCUUCCUGUUGUGUUACGUUUGCACAAGAGAAUGCCGAAGGACCACUCAGAAACAGAAUCCUCCCCUGCCAUCUGAUAUGGUACAGUCCAGCCUGCCCUCUGCCACUGCAUUCUUGCCAGUCCUUGCCUGACUGCAGCUGGCGAUGGUUUGUUUUUUCCUCAUGGCUGCUAUAAGAUGCAGACUUCUCUGGGUCUUUUUAAUGAGGAGGCCAAGGUGCAAGUGGUUUCAUCUUUACUCCCCCCCUUGUUCUGAGCUGCGUAGGUUUUUGAAAGCAUCCUUGGAGAGAGCAAGGCAGCCUUCUCUGGAGAGAAGGUGCGUUCAGUGAGGCUCUAUUGGAGUCCCAGCUUCUAACCAAGGCAAUGUACUCUAAAGUUCAUAGCCUCCCAGUUAACCCAGCCGCCCUCAUAGUUCUAUGCAUGGUUCCGCCUUUUUCAUGGAUCCUGCAGUAGCACCCUUUAUCUAAUUCUGCUGCCACUAGCGCAUCCCCUGUAUUGCAUAAUGCUCAGAAGAAACAAGAUGUCCCCUCGCCUCCUGAGAAGGGUGACCCACAAAUUUAUUUUCCAGAGUUGGUACGUUAUGUCCAAAAUUCUUUGUGGCAUCUCUUUAUCGUCACAACAACUCCCAAUGCAGUUGUGAAAAACUCAUUCUCAGGCGUCUUCUGUUCAAACCAUGGUCAAGUUUCCUGGGGGGAAAUGCCAAGAUUUCUAGCUUUGAGUUGAAAAGAGAAGUCUGAAAUAAGCCACAUAGCUGAAGUGUGUCAGCAUAGUCUCUUCUGAGAACUUUGAGCUAAAUCUUUUCUUUGGUAAAAAGAUGAAGGAUUCCUUAUGAUGCUGUUUUUAAUUUUUGCCCAUCUCUGCAACCUCCCAACAUUUUGGUGUGUGUUUUUUUAAGCUUAAAUCUCCGUAGGUUUUUGAAGCAAGUAAGUGUGAGCCAACAUAACACAGGUUUUUGGUACAGGUGUUGGCAGUGCUUCCUUUGCAUGCUACCUGUCUGCCUUUUCAGUGGAAGGUGGGGUGGUGUUGAGGCGGGGAGAGGCCCCUGCGCCCCCAUACUUAGGGAGACAAGGGAGGGUGCUGCAUCUUCUGUAGGGGGAGAGGAGCAGGGGCUGAGCUAUUUGUACCCUGGAUUGGUUUGGUUUGGCAUCCAUUAAAACAUUUCACGUUUCUGGUUA